AUGAACUUCCUAAUAUGGGGUUGAGAUUCCGCUUGUAUGGACUGGAACGGAUGAGAAGAGAAAGAAUGAUCGGGGAAUCUAUCCUUGGAUUCGCGUCCUUGAACUUGGAGCAGGAAACUACACACUGGAUUGUUCUAGAACCAAGAAGCAACUUGAGUCAUGGUGACUCCGGCUUUGAUGUGUCGAGCCUAUCUCGGAGUGACAGUGGCUCCUCCACACAGUCUCUACAACAUGGAGGCAUGCCCGAACUACUCCUGGGUCUGGCAUACAAUGGAACCACAGGCCGUUUGUCAGUAGAAGUCAUCAAAGGAAGUAACUUCAGAAAUAUGGCAAUGAAUCGUGCACCAG